AUGCCUGAUCAAUGUUCUCUACAAUGGGUUGAAGUAAACACCCCGAAUGAUGGUCCUGCCCUACAAAAUCAUGCUGGCGCUAUUUGUCAAGGUGUUCUAUACAUUCACGGUGGAGUAACAUCGAAUAAUGCACUGUGUAAAAAACCAAGCAGUUGUUUUUAUAAAAUUCAAUUAUAUCCUGAAUUGGGCAGUUGGUUAGACAUUACCACGGCAGAUUCACCUCAGCUUAGUCAACACACAUGUUUAACUUUCAAGGAUCGGUAUUUAAUAUUUAUUGGCGGAUGGAAUGGACGUAUCCGAAUCCCGGGUGUACAUACAUUCGACACCCUAUCGAACAGUUGGUUACCGCCUGCUUUGAAUGAACCCUUACUGACUGGAUUUCCUCAAGGAGCUGGUUUAUCCGCCCAUUCAGCACAAGUGAUCCGUUCAUCAGUGGAUAAAAAUGAAUUUUCAGCAAUUAUUAUUGGUCGAGAAGGUUCAUUAAGAAUACAAAGAAAAGCUGGUAAUAUUUAUUUACUUUAUGGUUAUCUGUUAGAUGAAGACCUGCCUACAAGACGAAUGAAAUUUGUAUACUGCGAAGCAGAUUCAAGUUUAACUGCCUCAUCGAGAAGUUAUCAUACAUCUACAGCUAUCUCGCCGUCUACACUUGUUACUAUUGGCGGUUGUAAAUCAAAUUCAAUCGAUAUAUUAAAAUGGAAAGUGGAAAAAGGUCGAAAAAAGGAUCACCUCUUCUCCUUAAAUUGGCCUGGUUCACUUGAUUAUCCUUUAACCUCAUGUACUAUUGUGACAAAGUUUAUUCAAGAUAUGGAAAAGCAAAACGUCAAACUAACUCCGCUUGCACCAUCUAAUCAAAAUGGAUGGCGUGGUCAUUGUAUAGUCCCGGGUGUCGGUGGUUUAUUUAUUGGUACAGGCGAGGGUUAUAAUGCUUUGAAAAAUGAACCAUUAAAUUCAGCUUAUCUAUUAAAAUACAGCGAAAAUGGUAGUAAACCGAUCAUUUAUGAGUGA